AUGCGUUUCUUCUCGGCUGCGGCCUUCUUGCUGGUUUUAGCGCUGAGUUCACCAGCUGAAGCAGGCAAAUGUCCCAGAGUGUGCAGCUGUGACGGCUCCAAACUCACGGUCACCUGCGUUGGCAAGAACUUAACAGAGAUUCCCCCGACACUAGAUGAGAUUACACUGAAGCUCGAUCUGAGGAACAAUAACCUGCAGGUGCUGUCCAGGGGGGCGUUCAUCCUCACGCCCUACCUCACCCACCUCAACCUGCAGCGCUGCAGCAUCAACAAGGUGAAAGAGGGCGCUUUCCGGACUCUGGGCCGCCUGGUUUCCCUGAACCUGGCCUACAACAAAAUUGACAUCCUUUAUCAGGAGUCCUUUGACGGCCUCUCGUCCCUGAAGGAGCUGCACCUGGACCAUAACCGCGUGGAGGAGAUCCAGCCUGGAGCCUUCACACAGCUCGGCUUCCUCAACAUGUUGGCCCUCACCCACAACCAGCUGGUUUACAUCCCCAACAUGGCCUUCCAGGGCCUGCACAACAUCAAAUGGCUUCGUCUCAGCCAUAACUCCCUGAACAACUUGGCCCCUGAGGCCUUCGCCGGGCUGUUCACCCUCAGCCGCCUCAGCCUGGACCACAACGAGCUGCAGUUCUUCCCCACCCAGACCAUGACCAGACUUCCUGAGGUCACGCGCCUGGACAUGAGCCACAACCCCAUGACCUACCUCGGGGAAGAAUCCGUGUCCGUGGCCAAGCUCACACACCUCUACCUCGACCACAUGUCCCUUCAGGACCUGUCGGAUCAGGCUCUGUCCCGCGCCCCCCUCCUCUCCCACUUGGACCUCAGCCACAAUCAGCUUCGCUACCUGGAGCCCCUCUCCGGCCCCAAGGAGCUGGCCAGCCUCAACCUGACAGGCAACCCAGUGUACUGUAACUGCUUCAUGCGGCCCCUGAGGGUGUGGGCGGGUGUCCGUGGCGUGAAGCUGCUGGGAGCCUGCGCCGGACCACCUCACCUCUCAGAUGAGCCGCUGCAGGCCGUGGCUCCUCUGGAUCUGCGCUGCCGCAGUAGAGGGGAGACGCUGAAGGACGAGUUUGAGAAGGACGAUGAGAGCACGGGAAGCCUCCCGCCCACAGACAAGCCCAAGCAGAAAGUCAAGUGUCCAGUUAACUGUGACUGUGAUAUUGAAUCCCAGCACGCCACAUGUGAGGGUCGGGGUCACACCAAAAUCCCACGAGGCUUCUCCACCAAGACGCAGCUGCUUGACCUCCGCAGCAACCACUUCCACGACCUUCCUGCCAACAGCUUCCCAGGCACCGGCCAAGUUGUCUCUCUCCACCUGGAGUUCUGCAAGAUCCACGGAAUCGAAGGCGGAGCCUUUCGGGGAAUGAAAAAGCUGUUUUAUUUGUAUCUCUCUGACAACGACCUCACAUCCUUGGACCCCGGAACCUUUGCUGGAGCCCCCGAGCUCACGUACCUUCACCUGGAAGGGAACCGACUUGUACAGUUCCCCGGAUCAGCCCUGGUGCUCUUACCAAGUCUGUUUGUGUUACACCUGGAGCGAAAUGCCAUCUCCAAACUAGAGCCCGCUGGUUUGCUGUCCUCAGUAACCCCCAACCUCCGGGAACUUUACCUGACCAACAACACCAUAACUGCUAUUGCCAAGGGGGCUCUGGACUCGGCUUUCCUAGGUACACUUCACCUGGAUUCAAAUCAGCUGACCGAGGUGCCCACCCGCACUCUGUCCGAGGCCACUAACCUGGAGGAGAUCAACCUGUCUCACAAUUCAAUUCGCUGGGUGGGACCAAACGCAUUCAAGCCCAUAUCCCAAAGCCUGAAGAGGCUUUACAUGGAUCAGAUGGGCAUGGAGAAGAUGUCCAGGGACGCUCUGGCAGGGCUGGGCCCAGGGCUGAGGGCUCUGACUGUGAGAGGGAACCAGCUGGAGGAGCUUCCUGACCUGAGCCCACUCACCGGCCUUGAGGUGGUCGACCUGCAGGACAACCCCCUGAUGUGUGACUGUCCUCUGCUGCCGCUACGCAGGUGGAUGGAGAAUGUAAGUUUGGAGGUGAUCGCCACCUGCGGUCACCCUCCCGAGAUCAGAGGUCAGAAGGUCAGGGAUGUCAAUGUGUUCACAUCCUGUCCAGAAAGCCGCUCUCCUCCAGAUGAGAAGGUUGUUACGGCCUCCAGACCUCCAAAAGUGAAGAAACCCAAAACCAGCCUCUUGAAGACCCCUCGGGUCAAAGCUAGGCCAGCAAAGCCUAAAGCUAAACUCCUCAAACCAACCAAGAAUAAGCCUCAGAGGAAACCUGGGGCACCAAAAGUGACCAAGAACAAGAAACUGUAA